CAUCACUUCUGUUUUUUUUUCAUUUCCAUAUUUUCCCUGAAAAGAAGAAGAGAGGAGGGAGACACACCAUUUGUCUACUGCCCAUUCUUCAUCAAGGGUUCGAUUAAUAGGGGCGGUUUUCCUUUCGGGGGGAACCGCUCUUUUGAUUGUCUUUCCAUUUGAUCUGUUUGUAGUUCAGUGUAGUUAAGAAAUAUUCAUUUCCCACCAAGCAUUUCUGCCUGCAUUUUUAUGGUUUAAAGACACAGGAAAGAAAAAACUUGGGAACUUUUCCUACUGAAUCAGCGUUUAACCUCGAAUCAAGAAUAAUCAACCCGCGUUACAUGAAGAAUUUAGGUUACCAGACAAGAAACAAUAAGACAUGUCAUCAGGAAAUUGCUCCUCUAGGCCGUGUUUAUAUCAAGGGCCUGUCGAAUGGGUGAAAGGGAAGGCGGUUGGGUGUGGGUCCCACGGCAACAUUCAUCUGGCAUUGAACAAGUCCACCGGGAGCCUUUUCGUCAUAAAAUCCGCAGAGUCAAAGUCGGGAAUCCAAUGCCUAGAGAACGAAGCACAGAUUCUAGAGUCCCUGGAUUCCCCUCACAUUGUGAAGUGUUUGGGAAAGGAAGUCUCUAAUGGAACACAUGAACUGAACCUCUUCAUGGAGUACAUGGCGGGUGGGAGUUUAGCAGACGUAAUGGAUCAAUUCGGGGGCAAAUUGGACGAAACUGUCAUCCGUUUGUACACAAGAGAGAUCCUAUUGGGGCUCAAAUAUCUCCAUGGGAAUGGGAUUGUGCAUUGUGAUCUCAAGUGUAAGAACGUCCUCUUAGGAUCAUCUGGGGAACUCAAGCUGGCCGAUUUCGGUCUAUCCCAGAGAACAACAAGGGAUUCCCUUCGUUUCCCGCCUUUUUUAGGCGGGAGGGAAUCUAUUCGUUUCCUGCCAUUUUUUGGCGGGAGUCCUCUAUGGAUGGCACCAGAGGCGCUGAGGAAUGAAGGAAUUUGUUGUGCUUCUGAUAUUUGGUCAUUAGGAUGCACGGUCAUAGAAAUGGCGACCGGGCAGCUCCCUUGGGCAGGGAAAAUCUCAAACAAUCCAACCGCAGCACUUCUCAGAAUUGCUUGCAGUGAAGAUAAGCCUAAUUUCCCAACACAUUUCUCAAAAGAAGGUUUGGACUUUUUGGAGAAGUGUUUGGAUAGGGAUCCAAGAAGGAGAUGGAAGGCCGAAGAAUUGCUUCACCAUCCGUUUGUUUCCCCGAAAUCAAAGGUCAAUGUUGAAUGUACUUCUUCUCCUUAUUCUUCUUCAUCACCAGCAAGUGUUCUGGACAAAAGUGUCUUCCCAGAAGAUGAAGAUGAGCCCUCUCCUCAUGUUAAAAUUCCAUUCUCAAUUCUGUGUGAGAAGAUUAAGUUUGAAGAAGAGGAACAAAGUGAAGAAUGGAUCACAGUGAGAUGAGGAGUUGUGAGUGGACAAAACUAAUAAAAAGAUCUUAGAUUACAUUGUGUUGGUUAGUUGUUUUGAAACAAAGACAGAGGAAUGUGAGUAGAAACAUAGGUUUGAAAUGCUACACUUUGCUGUCACUUUCUAGUGGACACAUACAGCUUUGUGUAUGGGGUGAUAGGGAUAUACACAUUACCCUGAACUACAUAUGGUAUUUUGGUUAGAAAUAUGUGUAUAAGAAAACAAAAUUAGCUGAUGGAAAACUUUACUCUGAGUCCUUGUCUUGAGUGUACUAUGUGCUUGUUGAGAAAACCUCAUACACCAUUUAUAUUUGCAGUCACAUUUGAAAAAAG